AUGCCGAACCGCAAUGUGCAGGAGUGGAUCCGCAUGUCUCAGAGGACCCCGGGCAUCUUCAUCUUUGGCCUGGUCCUCAGCCCCUGCGGAUGGGUGCUGGACCUCGUCGCCACAGUCGCUCCAAGCUGGCGGACCCUCAGCGGCUUUAACAACCAACCCUCUGACUACGUCCUCUUGCAAGGCAUCUGGGACAUUUGCGCCUCUCAGACGUCUUCAUCUCGAAACGACUGUGGACAAAAGGACGUGUCGUAUUACAAGAACGCGCUCAUCCCAAUAGCGCAGGGGCUGAUGGUGGCCUCUCUGGUCAUCACGCUGAUCGGUUUGGCUGUAGCCAUCCCAGGCGUGCGCUGCUGGAGGCAAACCCCGAAUUGGACCGCUGCAGGUCUGGGAGGACUUCUCAUCUUCUGCUCCGGCGUGCUGACCAUCAUCCCCAUCUCCUGGUACACGCACAUGCUGAGGACCCUCAACACGGACACUCCUGCGCCCACUACAAACGGUAAAAACAGAGGAGAGAUCAGGGUGGACCGAGCUGCGGCUAAGUUCAACCACCGGAACCAGCCUCCGAGGCGCAUGGACGUGCCCAGCCUGAGCCGGCCGCGCAGCGAGGCCAGCAGUGUGCCCUACUCCAAGGAGUCCAUGGAUGACGACGUGUCUUUCCCCAGGGCCAAGAGUCCAGCUCGGUCAGUCAACACUCUGGACAGCAACCCCUUUGACGCGGAUCUCUGA